AGACUUUUAAUAUCGAUGAAUAUUAAAGAUGAAGAUAUACAAGAUCCUUUAGAACGUUUAAAGCUUAUAGUUGACUUUUAUAGGGUUGAUUUUAAUAUGAUAGAAAAACGAGAUAUUGGAGCAUUACUUGCAUCAUUAAAAUUAAAACAAUACGCGCCUAAUUUUGUUAAACUCGAUUGGGAUGAAGCUAUUAAUAUGCGUUAUUACGAAUUAGAAGAACUGGGAAUAAAUUCUUAUGUGGCGAGACAAACUAUUUAUAAGAAAUUUCAAGAUAUUAAAUCCGCUAUUGCAGAAACACGUGGUAGUCGAAGACCUUAUGAAGCUGAUGUUUCUAAGAAAGAAACGACAGAACAAUUUGAAUAUGAUGAAUUAGAAGAUGAAAAAUAUAACGUCCGUUAUAUGUAA